AAACACGAUAACGCAGAUGUGAAUAUAAGGAGGUAUUUAUACUCUAAUUUAUUCGUAACAAUGUUUUUUAUCUAAUGACUGAGUUUUUGUACGCUUUCGUUGUUUCAGUUAUUUGACCCUGACAAUUACCUACUUUUGAAUAUGCAACAACCCGGCGUAAGUAGUGUAGCUGCGAACGUAUUCAACCAAAUCGACAGGAACAGAAAGGGAGCCAUAACUGCGAAUGAAUUGCAGCAGGCAUUAUCCAACGGAUUGGGGACAUCAUUUAAUAUCAAAACGGUUGAACUGAUGAUAUGUAUGUUUGACAAAGAUAUGAAUGGCACUAUAAAUGUCUAUGAAUUCUCUCAACUAUUUGAGUACGUACAACAGUGGCAACAAUGUUUUCGAUCAUAUGACAGAGAUGGAUCCGGUACAAUCGACUGUCGAGAGUUUCAUACUGCUUUAACAAGCUUUGGUUAUCGAUUGUCUCCAGAAUUUUCACAAUUCUUAAUUAGAAAAUUCGAUAAAAAUCGCCGCGGAUCAGUAGGAUUUGAUAAUUUUAUCUUGGCAUGUGUUUGUUUAAAGAAUUUAACUGAUGUAUUCAGACCUUAUGAUUAUCAACGAAAUGGAAUGGCACAACUUAGUUAUGAACAAUUUUUAACUGCUGCAUUCAGUGUAGUUAGUUAGUUAAUUCAACAUUAUUAUUAAUGGUCAAAUAUUAUCAAUAUCCUCUUCUUUAAGAUUGUAAAGAUAAUAGUGCUUACUUAUUUAUAUCGACCAAGUUAUCAUACUUGACCCAUAUUCUUGUCUAGAAACAAACAAACAUAAGUAUGAAAUACUAUGUGAUUAUCUAAAUCACUUAUUGUGAAUAUACAAUAUAAUUGGAGACCAUAUCUGUCUGUCUCAUCUAAUUGUCUACAGUGAGGUUACUACUAUAACCAAUAUACUCACUUUUUUCAUAAUAAAAAAACAACUAAAAUUGCAAUUACUUUGUUCUGUUCUAUGAGAAUAGUUUUUGUUUUCUUCAUAUAAUAAUAAUGAAUUUAUUGAACACAUUAAAUAGAGGUCAGUGUUAUUGGUAUACAACUUCGUUGUGUUUAAAAUCAAAUUAACUGCAUAAAGGUUCAAGUCUAU